AUGAAUAACAUGAUCUGUCCACACCUUCCAGACGAUUGUGUGAUCGAAAUCUUGGAACAUAUUUAUAUCGAAACCGCAAAUCUCUAUCCUAAAACACUCCAUAAUUGUAUAUUAAUCAAUAAACGUUGGUCGAAAUUAGCCGUGCCAUUAUUGUGGAGAUACCCUUGGCAAUGGCGUGGUAGAUUCCGGGCAAGUUCAGUAUUUUGGACGGCGAUAAUUAGGACUAUUGUGUCUUGUCUCCCCAAAGAAGUUAAAUCAAUUUUGUUCUUAUACCCUCCCAGUCAACCCCGUCCAAUGUUUGAUUACGUAACAUACUGUCAGCAUAUAUCAGACACAGUUAUAGCAUCAAUUAUUGAUGGAUUACUAUUUGGAAUUGAUGAGUCUAUAGUAAUCAAGGCAAGCAUUGCCGUGUUUAAUAGAGAACUUUGGAAGUUUUUCUUAAGCAAAUGUUCAUCCAUCAAGCUUUUGGAACUUCCAUGUAUUUCGAUUAGCAAAUAUCCUGGGGCAAUUAAAUGCUUAGAGUCUUUGACGGAGCUUGAAUGUUGGACUUUUAAAUCACCAAGCCUAUUUAAAGAAUUGGCACUCAUUUGUCACAAUAUUCAGUAUCUAUGUAUAUCAUGUGAUGAGGAUAACUGUGGAUUGGCAGCACUUAUCACUUCUCAGAAAAGACUGGUUGAAGUGACAUGUAUAUCAAUGAAUGGCAGCAUAUGCGUAGAAAUAGGACAGGCUUUGGCAGCACAAGUUCAUUUAGAAACAUUAAAUAUUCAAAAUAGUCUCAGCUUUUCUUCGGCUGUGUUUAAUUCCUUUGUCAAACUUUCGGAACUAAAUAUUACUCUCGAUGGUGAUACUCACUAUGACUUAAAUCCUUUGAAGUCGGUGACACUACCCAACCUACAGAAUUUAUAUAUAAUGUGUAACGAUGAUUAUCCGCCCUUGGAUAUUUACGCCGGAUUGAUUGAAAGAACUCAAGGGAAAUUGAAAAAAGUUGAAAUAGUAUCGUCUCAUUAUCUUCAAAAGACGGAAUGCUUCUCGCUGUUCAUUAAAGCAAUUUCGAGAUCCUGCCUGGAACUUAAAGUUGUUUCCAUUUACUACACGGAAGAAGUCGUUGUAGAAUUACUUAACUUGAUUAGAACUUGUGAAUGUCUAGAAGAGAUUACAAUUAGUGGAAGAAAGUUAGGAGGCGAACAUGAUAAAGCUCCUCUAGUCAAACCUGUAUUCGACAUAUUGUUGAAUUAUGGAUCGCAAAAAUUACAGAAGUUAACAUUACUUGAUGAAUGGAAUUAUUCACAAGAAGAAGUUAAAGAAUUUUUGGAGUCUUGGAAAGAUCCAAUGUAA